GCGGCGGGAGGGCGGCCGUUAGGAAAAUGGCGCCGUGCGGCCCGGGGCAGACACCCGGCACUGGCCGCCGCCGCCGCCUUCCUGGCGCAGCUGCUGUGUCACGGCCACACCGGCCGGCUGUACAGCAGCCAGGAGCCGGUGAACAUUCUGGAGGCGGAUGGGGUUAAGGACCUGCUUGGGAACUGGUCGGGCGCCUGGGUGGUGGAGUUCUACUGGUCGUGGGGCGGCCCCUGUGUCAACUCUGGGGCCACCUGGAAGGUACUGGGCCCGGGAGGUGAAAGGGCCACCAGAAGCCUUCUCAGUACUCUACAAGUGACUUCACCAACAUCCUGUACAACUUCAACAUGAUGUCCCAACUCCUUUAUUCAAUGGUGUGAACAAUUAAGACUAUUUGAAAAUCUGAAGACUGAAGUUUCAAAAUCAAUGGAUGGAAGGCUUAUGUCCGAAACAUUGACUCUCCUGCUCCUCGGAUGCUGCCUGACCUGCUGUUUUGCCAGCGCCACAUUUUUUGACUGACUCUCCAGCGUCUGCAGUCCUCACUUUGUUGUUAAUUUCUGACAGUCACUCAAUCCAUCGGGACCACAACAAUUUUUGACUGAAUUCUGUGAGAGGGAUCAACACUUUUUGGUUCCUGUUUGAGGACGUUUUCAACAUCAGGUGGGACUGGACGAGAGACCCCACUGUUGAAGCACACUGUGUGUGGAGCCUGAAACAGUUAUACAGCCAGCGAAGGGGAUUUCACGGCAGGGAGGGGCUCUACACGUGUUUGUGUGCAGCUGAAGCUGUGGCCAUGGAGAAUCCUGAGGAAUCCCGCCCUGUGGAGAAACCGUGGAAGUGUGGGGACUGUGGGAAAGGCUUCCGUGUCCCGUCUACCCUGGAGACUCAUCGGCGCUGUCACACCGGGGAGAGGCCAUUCCCCUGCACUGACUGCGGGAAGGCCUUCAGAGAUUACUUCCACCUGCUGAGGCACCAGCGGAGCCACACGGGGGAAAAACCCAUCAGCUGCCCAGAUUGUGGGAAGGCCUUCAUAUUUUUCUCUGCCCUGUUGGCCCACCAGCGGGUCCACACAGGAGAGAAGCCGUUCAGCUGCCCAGAGUGUGGGAAGGCCUUCAGGUAUUCCUCCAACCUGCUGACCCACCAGCGUAUCCACACCGGGGAGAGACCGUACACCUGCCCUCAGUGCAGAAAGAGCUUCACCUGCUCCUCCAACCUGCGGAGCCACCAGCGGAUCCACACCGGGGAGAGGCCCUUCAGCUGCCCUGAGUGUGGGAAGGCCUUUCACGAUUCCUCCACCCUGCUGACCCACCAGCGGAUCCACACCGGGGAGAGACCCUUCAGCUGCCCCGAAUGCAGGAAGGGUUUCAACUGCUCCUCCCACCUGCGGAGCCACCAGCGGAUUCACACAAGGGAGAGGCUCUUCACUUGCUCUCAGUGCGGGAAGGCCUUCAGCUAUUCCUCCACGCUGCUGAUCCACCAGCGGAUACACACCGGGGAGAGACCAUACACCUGCCCUCACUGCGGGAAGGGCUUCACCUGCUCCUCCAACCUGCGGAGACACCAGCGAGUUCACACUCAUCGGCGCUGUCACACCGGGGAGAGGCCAUUCCCCUGCACUGACUGCGGGAAGGCCUUCAGAGAUUACUUCCACCUGCUGAGGCACCAGCGGAGCCACACGGGGGAAAAACCCAUCAGCUGCCCAGAUUGUGGGAAGGCCUUCAUAUUUUUCUCUGCCCUGUUGGCCCACCAGCGGGUCCACACAGGAGAGAAGCCGUUCAGCUGCCCAGAGUGUGGGAAGGCCUUCAGGUAUUCCUCCAACCUGCUGACCCACCAGCGUAUCCACACCGGGGAGAGACCGUACACCUGCCCUCAGUGCAGAAAGAGCUUCACCUGCUCCUCCAACCUGCGGAGCCACCAGCGGAUCCACACCGGGGAGAGGCCCUUCAGCUGCCCUGAGUGUGGGAAGGCCUUUCACGAUUCCUCCACCCUGCUGACCCACCAGCGGAUCCACACCGGGGAGAGACCCUUCAGCUGCCCCGAAUGCAGGAAGGGUUUCAACUGCUCCUCCCACCUGCGGAGCCACCAGCGGAUUCACACAAGGGAGAGGCUCUUCACUUGCUCUCAGUGCGGGAAGGCCUUCAGCUAUUCCUCCACGCUGCUGAUCCACCAGCGGAUACACACCGGGGAGAGACCAUACACCUGCCCUCACUGCGGGAAGGGCUUCACCUGCUCCUCCAACCUGCGGAGACACCAGCGAGUUCACGUGCCAUCGCAGGGAGAUUGAAGGAGUGACGGCCGAGUGCCAUUAUCGAUUGGAAUAUCAACCCGGUUCCGGGGACUCCCGGGUUUGAAUCCUGCCACGACAGAUGGCAGAAUUGGUAUUCGGUCAGAAAUGUGGAGUUGGGAAUUUAACGAUGAGACCGUUUCAGGGAGGGGGUGGUAGGGGGAGAAAGCCCCCAUCUGAUUCCCUCUCUCCCUUGUUAGGGAAGGGAACCCCCAUUGUGGGAAAGGAUACACUCAGUCGUUCCAGCUGCAUCCUUUACCCGGUCUGGCCUACACGUGACUCCAGACCCACAGCAGUCUGGUUGACUCCACACUGCCCUCCCCCCACUGGCAAAGGAGCGGGGAGAAACUUAGUUGGAGACAGGGUAUGGGUUGAAAUUGCUGAGUGAGGCAAUACUUCCUCCGGGUUACGGCUGAACCAAGGAUCCAAUUACAAAGGGACAACUUGGUGCUGACCAAUAGUAAAGACAGUGAGAAGGGUGGGGGGUUGGGGGAACAGGGGAGGUGUGGUGUGUGCACUUUCACCCUGAGCUGUUCAAAAAGCAACUACAUUUUCUCUGCCUUUUUGCUGGGGGGAUCUGAAGCUGUAACAAAGUUGGGUUGCAAUAAAGGUUACCUGAACUUACCACCGGGCUCAGACUCUCAUUGAAAGCUUUGAGCUCCAAGAGGUUUUUGUUUUAAAGCUGCUCAUGUCUUUCAGCCUCCUGCACUAAGUUUAGAACAUAGAACAAUCCAGCGCAGAACAGGCCCUUCGGCCCUCGAUGUUGCGCUGACCUGCGAACUAUUCUCAGCUCGUUCCCCUACACUAUCCCAAAAUCAUCCAUGCACUUAUCGAAGGAUUGUUUAAAUCUCCCUAAUGUGGCUUACCAUGCCCUUACCACUCUCUGUGUAAAGAUCUUGCCUCUGGCAUCUGUCUUAUAGCUAUCACCCCUCAAUUUGUAGUUAUGCCCUCUCUUGAAUAAGGGCACAGCAUUGGCACUCCUCCGUCGACAAUGAAGACUCAAAUAUCAAAGCCAAAGGCUCUGCUAUUUCCUCCCGAGCUUCCCAGAGAUUCCUCAGAUAAAUCCCAUUGCCUCAUCUGUACAAUCUUGCCUCAUCAACACAUAAGCCUCAUGGAACAGCAUCAUAAGACACAGAACUUGUAUCGAAAGAUCAGUGUCAUACAACUGAUAGAAUAUAUUGAACAAACUUAGAUAGUCUUCAUCUCUUAGAAUGGGUGUGGGCUUUGGUUCAU